GAGCGCUCAGUACGCACUCGCAGCUGCCGCCGCGCUCGAAGCACGGAUCUCGCAUCCCUGCGUAGCUCUCGCCGCUGCAGUCACCCGCCGCUUUCGCUCGCCCGCCUUCGGCGCGUCCCCGCCGCGCUCCGAUCCCUGCAGCUGGCCCGGGGCGUGCUCGGUGCUCUUGGGCAGAGUGUCCCCGCUGUGGUCCCGCGGCAAUGGCCACUAAAAUCGACAAAGAGGCUUGCCGGGAGGCGUACAACCUGGUGCGCGACGACGGCUCGGCAGUCAUCUGGGUGACUUUUAAAUAUGAGGGCUCCACCAUCGUCCCCGGCGAGCAGGGAGCGGAAUAUCAGGACUUCAUCCAACUGUGCACAGAUGACAUCCGAUUGUUUGCCUUCGUACGUAUCACCACUGGGGACGCCAUGAGCAAGAGGUCAAAGUUCGCCCUCAUUACGUGGAUCGGGGAGAAUGUCAGCGGGCUACAGCGAGCCAAAACUGGCACGGACAAGACCCUGGUGAAAGAAGUCGUGCAGAAUUUCGCUAAAGAGUUUGUGAUCAGUGAUCGAAAGGAGCUGGCAGAGGAUUUCAUCAAGAGCGAGCUCAAGAAGGCGGGGGGAGCCAAUUACGAUGCCCAGACGGAGUAACCCCAGCCCUCCCCCUGCCCCUUACCAAAGUCAUCUGCCUGCUCCCCGGGGGAGGGGACAUCGGCCUCAGCUACCAGCCCACCAGCCCACCAGGGAGAGGAGACGCAGUGAGAGGCAACGCCCGCCACCCUGUCUGCAACCCAACUCCCCUUCCCCGCUUCCCUUGUGAGCCCCCGUAAUAGCUUAUCUCCCGAAGCUCAUGGAACAUCUUUCUUUUAUCUUCUUUUUCUUUUGUCCCCCUUUUUCUGAAGAAAAAUCAUUUUGAUGCCAAGGCCAUGCACAUCCUCAGAUGUGAGGCGCCUCCUGUGGUGACCCUUGCCCUGGCAUUUCUCUCGGCCUGCCUGGCCUCCUCCACCAUGACCUCACCAUGACCUCACGCUGCUUCCGGAGCCCGGGUGCGCCGCCACCCUGGUUUUCUCUGGCGCCCCCGCCUGCUUACAGCGGAGGAGGCACCUGCGCCCAGAGAUGCGCCAUCAGCGGCGGCCUUCAUAAGCACACACGUUCACCGCAUUCGUCAGGCUCAGACCUCCUAGAAUGUGCUCCAGGGUCCCUCACCCACCCCUUUCAAAGUUGCCUAAGCUACAUGUCUGACAGAGACGGUGCUCGGUGGUGAGAAGUUUAGGCCUGACUCAGACCAAAGGAGAAGAGAGAAAAUUUGCCUUAAAAGUUGUCUGGCAGGAGCUUUGCCACAUGGUCCAAAAUGGCCCAUUCCCAUCCUUUCGAGUGAAGUCUCCUUAGGACAUGGAGUGGGGGCAAAGGUCUGAGUCCAGAUUUGACAGGAGGAGUCUUUCGGGGUUAACGUCAGAGGCUCCCAAAGUGACAAGGACAUUAGGGAGAGAGGCCUGGGGUGCGAAAUGGGAAUUUAGAUAGAACUGGGAACUGAUUCCUUACUUUCGGGAAGGUCCUCUGCCAACGGCAAGGACAGCAUGGGCCAGAAGGCCUGCUCUGCCACCUUAGCUGUGUGUGGAGUGGAGCCCCAGCCUCAGGGGGACCAGGACAUCUGUGGUUUUAAUCUUACAUCUAUACCACACAUUCAAAAGGAUUUUCUUUUUUCAAAGAAAGAUGAGAUUGGCUUGGUUCUUCAUGAGCAUAUUUUAUAGUUCUUUUUCUUUUUUUUUCCUUGUUCAUUUCAUUUGGGGGGAGAAAAUCUGUGCUGUAUUGCGGUUGUGAAGAACAUCUGCACUCAAACAGUUUACAGAAAUAAAUGUUUUUUUGUUUUUCA